UGAUGAUCACAUCACGGGGUGUAACCCGCCAGCACCCGGAAGUGCUUUCGUCGGGGACCGCGAGACCAGGCGCAUGUGGGUGCAGCAUGGGGACCCCAGGAGGGAAAAUCAACCGACCCCGAACGGAGCUGAAGAAAAACCUCUUCAAAAGACGUCGGGUUUUAAGCAAAGAGAAAAGAAGGAAGCAUCAGAUCACAGGAGCAGUGGUGGACAAGGGGCUGAUCACCAUCCACCACCUGAAGAAGCGUGCUUCCAGCUCGCGAGCCAACAUCACCCUCUCAGGGAAGAAGCGAAGGAAGCUGAUGAAGCAGAUCCGUCAUGCUGCCAAGGAGAAAGCCACCAUGCAGGAUGAUUUUCCUUUUGUCUUGGGCAAAGUUGAAGCUGUGAACCUGGCACAGACAAAAAAAAUCACUGGCAGUGGCAGGAGGAAGAAACCUGCAGCCUCCCAAGACGUGGAGAUGAAGGAAGCAGAGGCUGGGCCAGGACUGGACAGCUGAACCACCGACUCCAAACCUUGGAAUUUGCCCCACCCUUGCUUGCUGCGUUGUUGCCUGCAGCUCUGUGACUUUCCAACCUCCUUUCCAGGAUUCUUGGGGCAGACAGUGUCUUGGUCUCAUUCUCCUGGCUCUACUCUAUGCCAGACCCUGAGUGAAUGGUCAGCUCCCAGCGUCUCUGGCCUCUACUUGCUUUUCUAGAGCUGAAGCAAUGCCAAUCCCAUCUAUGUGGGAAGUGACUGGCUGAACUGGGGUUUUGACAUGUGACUCAGUGGUAUCCUGUGAAAGAAAUAAAAUCAUGGCUGGUCCCUCCGUGGGGCCAGAGGCACUUGGCGUCUCA